CGGGAGUCACAUAGCCCAAGCUCCUUUCAUUUCAACUGUAUGUUCACCCUUUUCUUUUUCUUUAUUCGCGCUACAUUGUUUUUCACAAGUCUGUAUAACCGGCUCCCAGAUUCUUCUCUCUUUGCGCAAGUCGAGGACUUGGAAAUGCACAACUCGUUCAACUUUGGUCCCGAUGGAUUUGACAUAUUUUUGAUGUAUUUUUUCUCUACUGUUUUUUGUUGGUAAUGUCACUCUGGAAGUAGUUGCUCAACCAAAGCCCCUUUUCUACAAAGUAACAUGUCGGCAGCUAGCUCAUUAGCUAUGUGGCAGCUACUCUGGAGCUGACAUAUCCAGCUAAUUUGCACAUUUUAUACGCUUCAACUACGGUUGUUGUUCCUUUUUGCGCGUUCAUUUAUUCCUCACGGGAAGUUAUAAUGGCCCAAUUCCAGCGUCCGACACUGUGUUGCUGCCGCAAAGUGCUCACAGUGCCUAGCAAGUCGUGUGAGGGCGGCCAAGGUCUGGGUCAGUGUCGCCUCGUCGACAUCGCCUCUGCGUCCAACUUCCACUGCUUCAAGCUUCGCCACUUCCAUCUCGACCUCCGCCUCAACUUUGCCGUAAAGGAGAUCACUGGGUGGCAAGUCCUGGAACUUGUGGCUAUCCAACCAGGAGUGCAGACUUUGGUUCUGGACACUCACCCAUCCUUGCUAAUUCAGUCCAUAGACUGCAAGGUGCCUGGCACCACCGGUGCCCAGGACAUUUCCCCGUCGCUCAUCUACCGGGUAGACCCAUUCACAGACUAUGGAUCUUCGCUGAAUAUCAGCCUCCCAGCCUACGCGAUACGGCCGCAUCGGGCUUUCCAGAUCACCGUUCGCUACACAACAACAGACGGUCCUGCGAUCUGGUGGCUGGACGCAGAGCUGACGUGUGGUCAGACUCGCCCGCUAGUCUUCACUCAGGGCCACUCUGUCUGCAACCGAUCCUUCUUUCCCUGCUUCGACACACCCGCCGUCAAGAGCACCUACACCGCUACUGUCAGGGUGCCGGAAGGUGUGACGGUGUUGAUGAGUGCCUCCCGUAGUGCCUACUCCAAGCAGGACAGGGUGUUCCAGUUCUCCAUGGAGUACCCCGUCCCAGCCUACCUGGUGGCACUGGUGGCAGGAGACCUGCAGCACGUCGACAUCGGCCCCAGGAGCCGGGUGUGGGCAGAGCCGUGUGUACUGACCUGUGCUGUGAGCAAGCUAGGGGGUAGCGUGGAGCGUUGGCUGAAUGUGGCCGAGGACCUUUUCGGACCCUAUGUGUGGGGAAGGUACGACAUAGUGUUCCUGCCUCCGUCGUUCCCCAUCGUGGCCAUGGAGAACCCCUGCCUCACCUUCAUCAUCUCCUCCAUCCUGGAGAGCCGGGAGUUCCUGCUGAUCGACGUCAUCCACGAGAUUGCCCAUGGCUGGUUCGGCAACGCGGUCACCAACGCCACCUGGGAAGAGAUGUGGCUGAGCGAGGGACUGGCCACCUACGCACAGAGACGCAUCACUACCGAGGCCUACGGUGAGGCCUUCACCUGUCUGGAGACGGUGUUCCGUCUAGACGCCCUGCAUAGACAGAUGCGUCUCCUAGGAGACAACAACCCUGUCAGCAAGCUGCAGGUCAAAUUUGAGCCAGGUAUUAAUCCCAGUAGUCUGAUGAACUUGUUCACUUAUGAGAAAGGCUUUUGCUUCGUCUCGUACCUCUCUCAACUCUGUGGCAAUGUCAAGCGCUUCGACAGCUUCCUGAGGGCCUACAUAGAGCAGUUUAAGUUCAGCAGUGUUGUGGCCCAGGACCUGCUCGAUUUCUUCUUGUGCUUCUUCCCGGAGCUGAAGGAGAGCUGUGUGGCACAGAGAGAGGGGUUGGAGUUUGAGCGGUGGCUGAACGCUUGUGGCCCCCCUCUGUGCGAACCGGACCUCUCGGCCGGGGGGGUUCUGACCGGUCCCGUCCAGAGUCUGUGUGACCUGUGGGCCAGCGAACCCCCGGACCCUGAGGCCAUUGCAAACUUUAACCUCUCCUCUUGGAGCACCUUCCAGACCGUUCUCUUCCUGGACAGACUGUUGGACCGCUCGCCCCUCUCACACGAGGUUAUGGGUCAGUUGUCUCGCUGCUACUCGGCCCAGCUGGAUGAGAUGAACGCUGAGGUGCGGAUCCGCUGGCUGCAGAUCGUGGUGCGGAACAGCUUCUACCCGGACCUGCCCCGCAUCCGCGGCUUCCUGCACAAACACACGUCGAGGAUGUACACAGUCCCGUUGUACGAGGACCUUUGUUCCGGGGUGAUGAAGUGCUUUGCAGCUGAGGUGUUCUACCAGACACAGGCCCGCCUCCACCCCAACCUCCGACGGACACUCCAGCAGAUCCUGUUCCAGACCAGCGCCUUAUCCACUCCCACAGGCUCUGUCCCCUCCCUACUACACCCCAUCCCCUCGUCACCCAGUCCCACCCCCAGGGACCAACUGGGGCCCGCCGACCCCCCCACGACUGGUACUAUCGCACUACGUGACGUCAACGUGUCCGCCUGAGUGGCCGGUAGAAGAGAAGAGAGACAUACAUACACUGUGAGAGAGGGGGGUGGCAUGUUGAAAAAGGUGAAGAACUGUAAGUCUUGAAAUGACUGCAGUUUCAGCCAGACAUCAUCUGUGCUUGACUGAGACUGACAGUGAGUGACGAAGGACCACCGGGUUCAUACACAUGCACACACAGUUACACACUAAUGCACACUGUGUAUGUACAGUGCAUUCGGAAAGUAUUCAGACACCUUGACUUUUUCCACCUUUUUGUUACGUUACAGCCUUAUUCCAAAAUUCAUUCAAUUGUUUUUUUCUCUCAUCUAUCUACACACAAUACCCCACAAUGACAAAGCAAAAACAGUUUAGACAUUUUUGCAAAUGUAAAAACAAAUAUAAAAACAUAAGUAUUCAGACCCUUUUACUUAGUACUUCGUUGAAGCACCGUUGGCAGUGAUUAAAGCAUCGAGUCUUCUUGGGUAUGGCGCUACAAGCUUGACGCCUGUAUUUGGCUAGUUUCUCCCGUGAUGUUGGAUGGGGAGCGUUGCUGAACAGUUAUUUUCAGAACUCUCCAGAGAUGUUAGAUCGGGAUCAAGUCCGGGGUCUGGAUGGGCCACUCAAGGACAUUCAGACACUUGUCCCCAAAGCCACUCCUGUGUUGUUUUGGCUGUGUGCUUAGUGUCGUUGUCCUGUUGGAAGGUGAACCGUCGCCCCAGUCUGAGGUUCUGAGCUCUCUGGAGAAGGUUUUCAUUAAGAAUCUCUCUGUACUUGGCUCCGUUCAUCUUUCCCUUGAUCCUGACUAGUCUCCCAGUCCCUGCCACUGAAAAACAUCACACACCACACGCAUGAUGCUGCCACUACCGUGCUUUAGUGUAGGGAUGAUGCCAGGUUUCCUCCAGAUAUGUCGCUUGGCAUUCAGGCAAAUAGUAAAAUUUUGGUUUCAUCAGAUCAAAGAAUCCAAGCUGGCUGUCAUGUGCCUUUUAAUGAGUGGCUUUUGUCUGGCCACUCUACCAUAAAUGCCUUAUUGGUGGAGUGCUGCAGAUAUGGUUGUCCUUCUGGAAGAUUCUCCCAUCUCCACAGAGGAACUCUGCUCUAUCAGAGUAGCCAUUGGGUUCUUGGUCACCUCCCUGACCAAGGCCCUUCUCUCCCGAUUGCUCAGUUUGGCCGGGCAGCCAGCUCUUAGUGGUUCCCAAAUUCUUCCAUUUAAGAAUGAUGGAGUCCACAGUGUUCUUGGAGACCUUUCAAUGCUGUAGACAUUUGUUGGUACCCAUCCCCAGAUCUGUGCAUCAUAAUCCUGUCUCUGAGCUCUACGGACAAUUCCUUCAACUUCAUGGCUUGGUUUUUGCUCUGACAUGCACCUGUCACCUGUGGGACCUUAUAUAGAUUGGUGUGCCUUUCCAAUCAAUUGAAUUUACAACAGGUGGACUCCAAGUUGUAGAAACAUCUCAAGGAUGAUCAAUGUAAACAGGAUGCACCUGAGCUCAAUUUUGAGUCUCAUAGCGAAGGGUCUGAAUAAGGUAUUUCUGUUUUUUGGGGGGUGUUUUUCAAAAGAAUCCCCAAAAUCUGUUUUCGCUUUAUCAUUAUUGUGUGUAGAUUGAUGAAGAAAACAUUUUAUUUAAUACAUUUUAGAUUUAAGGCUGUAACGUAACAAAAUGUGGAAAAAUCAAGGGGUCUGAAAACUUUCUGAAUGCACUGUAUAUGCGUAUUUAUAUGUUGAGUCUGAUUUUUGUAAGCUAACCGUUUGAAACCUCUCUGGGAAGGACAAUGUUGUGUGUGUGUGUGCGCGCGCGUGCGUGCGUGCGCAUGCACUUCAUGAAUGGAGGUAACCAUCUAUUGACUGUUUGCACACAUGUUGUGUGUCAUGCUUAGCGCUGGGAUUAUGGCUUCAUGAGCCUGCAGCUUGUGCCCUAGACUAAUUUACAGGGAGAGUGAGCCACCAAAUGUCCCUCUGCCCAGUCUGUAGUCUGAGAGAGGAGAGCCCUGCUGUCCCCAAAUGGCACUCUAUUCCCUACAUAUUGCACUCCUUUUGAUCAGACUGCAUAGGGCAGUGGUUCUCAAACCUCUUCGGGGACCCCCAGACAUCUCACAAAUUAGUUGUGGCCCUGAACUAGCUCACCUGAUUGACAUAGUCAAGGGCUUGAUGGUUAGUUGACAAGCUAAGAGUCAGGUGAGCUAGGUGUGGAAUAGAUCAAAUGCAUAGAAUGGCUGGGGGUCCCUGCGGAGAGGCUUGAGAACCGCUACCAUAGAUGGGGCUAUGGUCAAAAGUAGUACACUAUGGAACCCAGGGCCAUAGCAUUUGGGACGCAAGCCUCUGUUUGCUACAUUCAACACUACACACUUUAACCCUACCUUUUAAUAAUUACAAUUGAUUAUUUCCACAUUUGGAAUAUCCAACAGGAAGGCUUUAUCCAGCAAUAGAUGUGGAAUACCCCCUGCUCACUCUCUUCCCUUUACACCUGGGCUGUGUCUCAGUAGUCUAAACAGCCUUCCUCGCCUCGUCUCCUUGCCCUCAUCUGUACUUAUCUGAAAGAAUUGAACAUUUACUGAAAUGAAAGUCCAGUCUGCUAAAUGAUGGAGUGUGCUUCUUUGACAACUUUGCUUUUACUCAUCAACUCCCUUAAGUAGGGAAGGUUGGUAGGCCUACUACUUUACACUAUUGAGACGCAGCCCCCACAGUGCAAAACCCUCUCCCAUAGGGCUGUCGUGAGAAGGGAGAGGGUAAGGCCACACGUGCCUUCAAACUGGAGCUCUGCUAUUCAUCUGGGUCACGUUCAGUCCUGUAACGUGCAUCCACCUACCCAGGUGGCGUGCAACUUUACAGGACCUUCAGAUAGGAAUUUAUUGAACAGACAUGUUUCUUUGUCCUGAAGAAUAGGGAAUCGUUGUCAGCUAUAUAGAACGUGGCACCCUCCUGAAUGCAACCCUUGUCAACAGUGUCUGCCUUCUGGACUUCUCUCGUUCAGGCUUGACUGACAUUUCCAAAGCUACAGAUCAUUUUGAUUCUGUGAUUGACUAAAGAGAGGGGUGGGGUGUGUAUGUCAGUGACGUUAUUAAUGAAUAGCUGGGCAGAAAUGUUAACCACACAUUUUGUUUUAAUGUUUCCUCCCAACAUUAUUAUUUAUGAAUUGUGAACGGGCUGUACCUCUCAGCAUAGAAAUGUGAGGGGCAGAAUGUUUGUUUUGAUGAUAACAUGAGAUUACAUUGUUAAACAGUGACAGUCUUCAGCUAUCCUCUGAUGCCUUACUUAAUGUACAGUAUUGUUACUGUACAACACAGAGGGGAUAGACUAGCAGGUUUGUCUCCAAUGUUUUACAAGUAAUAAAAAAGCCUUGAGACUCAA